AUGAUAACGAAGGGACUUGGAGUACUGGCACAAGUGGUCAAGGAUCGAACUUCGGCCAAAGGUGCAGAAGGAGGACCGCAGCUAAAGUGGACGCGAAUACACCUGCUGGACAAACUGGUGGAAACGCCGAACAGGGUGAGUUCUGUAAAUAUGGGGGCCAAGGAAACUCCUUAUAGGUUC